AUGCGGACGGAACUGAAGAGGCUCAUCUGCGUGAGGCUGGCCCCCAGGGGCCUGCAUCUCUGCGGGGUCCCGGCGGAGGCACUGCACUUGGAGGUGUGGGACCUGCACGCCUUACGCAAGGUGCUGGAUAAGAGUUAUCUGCCACCGCUGCGUCUCUCACCUCUUCGGGGGCAGGGGCCUGGGCCAGAUUUCACACAUCUACAAGCAGACCUUUCCAGAGCUCUGCCAGCCGACCCCACGGUGUCCUCUACCACUGGGCCUCUAGGGUCUCACUACGAAACAAAGUGUGUCGUCCUGAGCUACUUGGGAGUCCUCUCUCAGGAGAAGCCGCGGGAGCAACAGCUUUCCUCACCCCAAGGGGUUCGACAAGAUACGGCUUCACAAUCUCUGGAUCAAGAAAUUUUAUUAAAAGUUAAAACUGAAAUUGAAGAAGAGCUAAAAUCCCUGGACGAAGAAAUUUCUGAAGCCUUCGCCAGCACAGGCUUCACCCGGCACUCUUUGCCCGUGUUCAGCCCCACAAACCCCGACAGCUCCGCAGAGGACCGCUUGGCCCGCCUGGGGGAGAAGGCGUCGCAGGAGCUGAGGGCGCCUCUGCACCGAUGCACGCAAGCCGAGCUGCAGGGAGCACCCAGGCCAGGGACGUACCAAGCACGUGGGGAAUGUACACUGGAGACCACAGCUCACGCCAGCGGCCGGAAUAAGACGUUGGUGCCUCUGAUUCUGCUACAACCAGUGCUCUUGGGGUUGACAAGGCGAGCUCAGGAACCUUGGAGCACGUCGCUGCAGUUUGGUGCGACUCUCCCGGAGGACCACGCCGCCGAGCGCAUCACGCAGCAGGGUGGCUAGGGCACUGCCUUUAACCUGGAGUCCGAGGAGGAGGACGAGGAGCGCCCCGCGGAGGACAGCAACGACACCGACAUCCCGCCCGGAGGCGGCGCCCCGCUCGCCAGCCCCACCGAGGCUCCGACGCCCGCGACGGCGUCCUGGCGGGCCAAGGGCCUCCCCGUGUCGCUGUCCAGCAGCCAGAGCUGGCGCACCGAGAGUCCACCGGAGUCCCCGGCUCCCGAGUCCUGGCAGCAGGUCGCGGCGGAUCCUGAAGAAGUCGAGAGCUUGGACAGCAACGGGGCCGGAGAGAAGAGCGAGAGCAACUCCGCCAACUCGGACCUCGCGCACGUGGAGGAGGAGGCGGUGCCCGGGGGCGCGGAGGCGGCGGCCCCUGCCCUGAUGGCGGCCGGGGAGCCUGGCCCCGAGGGGUCAGCCGGCCAGACAGCCAGUCCCACGACAUCCCUGUCCGUGGAACCUGCUGAAGAAGAGGCGGGAGCGGCCGUGUCCGAAGCUGCUGAGCUGGAGCAGGAGGGGGUCCCACCGCUAGAGCCCCCGGGGGAGCCCCCAGCAGCCCCGCCGGGCGGAGAGCAGGCGGCCCGCGGGCGGGGAGGGGGGCGCUGGGGGCGGGGCCCUGUCCUGUGGCCACGGCAAAGCUGGCCCCCCGCCCGAGGGCAAGUCCCUCCCGCUCGGCGGAGGGGCAGCCGCUGUUGCCAUCCUGGCGGUGGCAGUUGCGGUGGCAGUGGCUCUGAGAAGGAAGUAGAUUUUUCGGAGAGAGAAGACAAAAAGCUCCCCGCAGCCCAGGUGCUCCGCCGGGUCUCAGCCGCCUCUCAGGCACUGCCCUGCCCGCCUCGCCCCAGGGUGCCCCGAGGCCCCGUGGAGAGGGCUCGCCCGAUGCUUCCCGCAGUUCCCCGUGUAAAAAUGCUGCCUUUAGUCUUUAAACGCACGAGACGGAAGAGACCCGGGGCCCCUGCCCAUGACCGCGGGGCAAGUUUGCGUGUUGGGAAGCUGGAGGGUGGCUUAGCUGGCCUAUCGAGGCUGCUUCCAGCCCUUUUGUCUGUGCGCAGCCUUGAGCCGACGGGGCCUCGCCGGCCGGCAGCGCCCCUCUUGCUGGGCAUCGCUGCCCGUGACCUGGACUAG